AACACCAAACCAAGUUACCAAACUCUCUUCAUUCAUUCAUUCUCUGUGGCUAGCUAGCACCUCAGAAACACUCUUUUUUUCUCUUCAAAAAUGCACUACCAAGCAGCUACUUCGUGGGGAAGCUACGUCACACCAAGGAACGCGGUGGUGGGAGAUCCAUUAGAACGCAUAGAGAGGCUGGCGUCGGAAAAUGCGGUCGUCAUAUUCAGUGUCAGCACAUGCUGCAUGUGUCACGCCAUCAAGAGGCUCUUCUGUGGCAUGGGGGUGAACCCAACGGUGCAUGAGUUGGACGAGGACCCCAGAGGCAAGGACCUGGAACGAGCCUUGAUGAGGUUACUAGGUUCUCCCUCUGUUGUUCCUGUCGUGUUCAUUGGCGGCAAGCUUGUCGGAACCAUGGACAGAGUCAUGGCUUGCCACAUCAAUGGCACCCUUGUCCCUCUUCUGAAAGAAGCUGGUGCUCUCUGGCUCUAGUUGUCUGUCAAAAUAUAUAUAAAAAAAAAAAAGUUCUAUCACACAGUUUUUAUAUGUUAUCUUCACCAUCAUAGGAAGGGCAUGAAGUGGUCUUUUGUGAGAGUCCCUUCUUCCAUUCCAUUUUGGAUACACUUAUGCUUCCACCUUCUUACUGACAUGUUAAUCAAUGAUUCUACUUUUCUCUCA